CUCUGAUUGGCUGGGUCACUUCCGGCUUCCCAUCGUUCAUUCACACACGUGAAGGUCAGAAAAAAUCGGCUACCGAUUUCUAUUAUUCUAGUUAUUGAACAGUCGUAACGGCGUGUUUGAAGAAACUAUGGACGGCCAAGGAGCAACAGCUGACCCUCAGCUUCAACAUUUCAUCGAAAUCGAGUCUCAGAAGCAGAGGUUUCAGCAGCUUGUGCACCAAAUGACGGAGGUUUGCUGGGAAAAGUGCAUGGACAAACCUGGGCCAAAACUAGACUCCAGGACGGAAUCGUGUUUCGUGAACUGUGUGGAGCGAUUCAUAGACACCAGCCAAUUCAUCCUCAAUAGACUGGAACAGACUCAGAGGAGCAAAGGCGGCUUCUCAGAGAGCAUGUUAGACUAAAACGUGUCACUGAAAGGACGAGGAAGCUCAUGCACAUCUGCAGCCUCUCUGAGUGAAGCUGUCGACCCUGACGGAUCUAUCAACUGAGAAAGAAGAAGAACUUUUAAGAUUUCCUUCUGUCAAAAGUGCCUGAGACUAACACCAAGUAUGGAACCGUACAUAAUUGUAGUGUGUCGUUUGUCCUCUGCUGGUAUGAGUGUGUUCAUAUGCUUGGACUGUGGUUUCCUGGUGACUGUGUCCGCUCAAGAAUUCAAUUCAUCUGGAAAAUGUUGGACAUUGAGGACUAAACCCAAAACCAGGACUCCUUCACAGGUUGACUGAAGACAUGUCCUCACAUCCCGAGGGAUCUGAACUGUACAUGCAAUAAACAAAUGCCAACAACUUC